ACAGAACUUAAACAAGCCAAUUCGAUUACUGCAAAUGCACAGACGACCAGCAUUGCAGCAAAAAAAUCAACGACCAUAGCAUAUGUCUGAGAAUCCUCUUUUUUACUUAAUCCAGACUGCCGUACAUCCCUAUUCUACAUAUCCUAGACACACACACAAAUGCACUACUAGCUCGUAUCAUUCAACCAAAGAUUUUUGAGUAUUACUUUCAGCCAAAAACAAAAAAAAAGAUUUUUGAGUAUUAAUUGUCCCAAAUUGAAAUGAAUACCUCAUUUAUUUCCAUUCACCAAACCUUCCCACCCUCUUCUUCAUCUACUGCAUGCGGUAAAUCCCUUGUAUAAAUACCCGCCAUAAUUGCUGCUUUCAUGCAUUCAUAUCAACCAAAAUCCCCAGCGCACUAAAAGAUUACUAAAACUCCAACUCCGUUAGUAGUAGUACUAUAACAUAGAUAUCAAUGGAAUAUUCAUCUCCUUUUUUCUCCAACGAUGAUCCAAUCCCUUUCCCUUUGGCUGCAAGUAACACUAGUAGUGCCGGGAAGGGCAAAGUACUAGUCAAGCAUAAAUCCGGGGACCCAAAUGCAAAAACAAGAAAAUCAGGGCAUGGGAAAAAAUCAUCAUCAUCAUCAUCGGCUAAUUCAGCUCAUCAUCAUCAUCAUGUGAAGCUGUCAACUGAUGCACAAAGCGUGGCGGCGAGGGAAAGGCGGCACCGGAUAAGCGAGCGGUUCAAGAUCCUGCAGAGCUUGGUCCCCGGCGGAAGUAAGAUGGAUACUGUUUCCAUGUUGGAGGAAGCCAUUCACUAUGUUAAGUUCCUCAAGACUCAGAUAUGGCUCCAUCAGACCAUGAUCAUGAGUACUAAUAUUGUUACUUGUGUCGAUGAUUUUGGUAAGAGAAAUGAUGAUAAUGAUCAUAACCCUCAACAAACUAUGUUGUUUCAGCUUCCGCAUGAUGAUUUUCAGCACUACGAAUCAUAUGCGCAGUUACUGAUGAUGAACGAUGAUGUGAAUGGGGAUCAAGGGCCAGGAUUUGCUGGUGGUGAUGUUGGCCCGAUGAUGAUGUAUCAGCCAGGUUUUGCAACUUCCGGGAUUGAAUUUGAAGAUAACGGAUGUGUGUAGAUUCUGUUGAUGCAAACAAAAAAAAAAUGAUAAUUAAUGUGCUCUAUUUAGUUUAUUUAGGUAAUUGAUUAGCGAUAUUUAGUGUGCGUGUUAUAAAUGAAUCCAUGCAUGGUUACCAUUUUGCUUUUUUUAUGACCUUAAUGUAACCAUUGUCCCUUGUGAUGUACUGUAAUGUAUAAUAGCUUUGAUUG